UCAAUUUGAUAAUCUUGCAAAAACUAUUGUGUUUAAAUCCUUAUAAGGAUUUCCGUUGGGUAUAAAUACUGAACAAUUCAUUUCUGAGCUUUUAUUGUCUGAUAAAUCAACAUGAGGCAGAUUUUGAUUUUUGUGUCGAUCCUGUCACUGAGCUUCGCUAAAUCAGUAACCCUACUGAAAGAAGCUCAACUAACUGAAGAACUUAUCAACGAUCCACGUUAUAUCAUCUGGGAAACUGCAGAAGGCCUAUUUGAAGUUGAAGAUCUCCAAGACGCCAAUGACAAUGACAAUGCGACCCUGUUCGCCACGGAAGAUGACGUCUCUUUCUAUAUUUACACUCCAGAACAUCCAAGAGACGGCGUGGAGAUCAAGGAGAGUCAACUGCAUAAUAUUCUCCGUUUAACCGGAUUCAGAAUUAACCGUCCAACUUUGGUGAUAAUCCACGGUUGGAGAAACAAUUUCGAAUCUGUGGUAAACGAUAGGAUUAAAAAUGCCGUUCUAUUAAAUAACAAUAUUAAUGUUAUUGUGGUUGAUUGGAGCCCUAUCGCUGCCAAAGGUUAUAUUAGGGCCCAAGGUUCAGUGCUGGCAGUAGGGAAUUAUAUUGGGGACUUUUUGCUUCGUUUGGAUGACGAACUGAACCAUCGCAUAAGGAAGUUGACCAUUGUGGGACACUCCCUUGGAGCACACAUUGCUGGUAAUGCUGGUGCCCGUACUAACGGGCUCAUAGAAACCAUUAUUGGUCUAGACCCAGCCGGACCAUUGUUCUCCAAAUCGAGAACUGAUAACCGUUUGGACCCCACCGAUGGAAAAUACGUCCAUGUCAUCCAUACUAACGAUGGUAUGCUCGGUUGGGGUAUUAGAAUGGGUCAUGUCGACUACUAUCCGAACGGCGGUAAAAGCCAACCUGGUUGUGGAAUCGAUUUGGUGGGCAAUUGCGCUCAUAGUAGGGCAUAUGAAUAUUAUGCGGAAAGUUUGACUAAUGAUCAUUUUGUUAGUAGACUUUGUACAAGUAAUUCGGAUUAUACUAGAGGGCGCUGUAGUAGUAAUCCUUCUACUAGGAUGGGAGGUUAUCCUGUAGAGCAAGGACCUCAUGGAGAUUACUUCUUGGCAACAAAUAAUAGAUCGCCAUUUGCUAGAGGUUAGUCAAAUUAAUUGUUAACAAGAUGUAUUAAAUAUACUUUUAUAAAACGA